GACAAAAACACCAGAGAGGGAGGGAGGACAUGCAAGUUCCGUGAUAUGAACUUGAGCCUACAAAAUACUUAAAAAUAUGAAUUUCUGGUGAAAUACAAAUCUCUAUCCGAAGAGGAGAAAGAUUGUAACUAUCACGUAAUUCAAAAGUAAAACUGAAAUGAAUGCGGACUGUUUAGUUUUAACGCUAUCUCAGAAAUAUUAGCCUACCAUGUGGAGGAGAGCCCUCAAUGAAGUGUUCUCGUUUAUGGGAUGCAUGAAUAAUAAAUCACAGUUGAUCUGGGUGGUGUAUGCUGUGCGUGGCUGCAGUGGUCUGGCUCUUCCUGUGCAGAGAAUAACAGCUCUGCAGGCAGCACAUUCCUGGAGUCAACUUUUCCAGGAGAAAGGUGUGAGUGAACCGGACCUGUCGAGUCGCUACAUAACCGCCCAUGUGCUUGGGGCCAAGACAUUUGAAAGUGUCAAAGCCGAGACGCUGUCCGAGCCUCUGUGCCCUGAAAAGACACUACAGAUAUGGAAGCUCUGUGCCAAACGGCUUAAGAGGAUGCCGGUGCAGUACGUGAUAGAGGAAUGGGACUUUAGAGACCUCACUCUGAAGAUGAGACCACCUGUAUUUAUACCCAGACCUGAAACUGAGGAGUUAGUUGACAUUGUUCUCUCAGACCUCCAGAAGGAAAGUGGGAGCUUGAGCAUCUUAGAAGUGGGCUGUGGCUCUGGUGCAAUCUCUUUAAGCCUAUUAAAGAGUUUUCCACAGCUCAGAGCAGUGGCCUUGGACCAAAGUGAGGAUGCAGUACAUUUAACCAAAGAAAACGCUCUAAGUUUGGGAGUUGAAGACAGGUUACAACUUUAUCAUUUGGAUAUUUUAAAAGAUGCAGAGACCAUAUUGAACAGUUGUAGUGGAGUUUCAGCUGUGGUCAGUAACCCUCCGUACCUGUAUACAGAAGACAUGUUGUCACUCCAGCCUGAAGUACUAAGUUUCGAGGACCCUGCUGCUUUAGACGGAGGAGCAGACGGACUCACAGUGAUCAAACAAGUCUUGAUUUUAGCUUCACAGAUUCUCCUAAACCACGGCCGUGUGUAUUUGGAGGUGGAUCCAAGACAACCUCCUCUUAUCCAACAGUGGGUGGAGUCUCACCUUCAGGCGCUUUGUUAUGUCGAGACUAAACAAGAUUUCAACAACAGAGCUAGAUUUUGCAUCCUUCAGAAACAGGAGACAAACAAGACCCACAAGCAAGAUUGAGACUGAGUAACUGAAGAUCCUAUUACGUUGGCUUUAGCCCAGGUCGUCUCAGCUUUAAACUCUCCUUCCCCCACCACACACAUGCACUUUCACUGCAUCUGAUCACCACGCAUUUCCCUGUUUGUGAGAUUAAAUUAUUAUUGUGAUUUGAAAACAGUUUAAUCUGGAAAUAUCUGUGUACUGUGGUUGCAAAUGAAAGCGUGUGCAGGAUGGCUCAGACACAGGCUCAAAGCUGAAGGUAAUUAUCAGGGCUUUUCUUAGAAGCCUGCGCUCUCCGAAUCUCACCCUCCUCCCAGGAACCAUUCACCAGUUCUGUGAAUCCAAUGGAGACCGCGAUCCACCCCUCUGCUUGUCCCCUCGCUGACUUACAUACAAGUAAUUCAUAUUAGCAAGCAAAACUACCAAAAUCUGUAUCCAGUUUCCCUAAUAGCAUAAAAGUGUUAAAUAAAAACACUUUUUUUUAGGAGCAUUUACAUAAUCAUUUACAUAAUCAUCAAAAUUCACCUGCCUGCUUUCUUUGCGUAGAAGAAAUUAAAAAUACAGAAAUUUUAACAAAGCAUGUAUAUUAUUUGACAAGGUAUGAAUAAUUGUAAGAUAUUACAGCUUUACUCAGAAGCAUAAGGUAUUUCCAAACUGAAUUUUCCUUCUAACAGUGCAGUUUUACCAAGAAAUGUAACUUCUGCAUUUGCAUCCUAGCACAAAGUCACAAGAUCAAACUAAUUCCAAUGCUUCACUGGACUUCUCACUAAGCAUUGCGUUAUGCUGUUAUGUACACACAAGAUUUCCAAUGAAAAAGGAAAGACUGGCCACAACAAUGGACUCAAUGAAUUAUUUUAAUAUAAAAUGUACACAUGUAAAAAGUAGAAAAAUCAAAUAUUUACCAAGAAAAAAAAUGUCAAAAAGGACAUCUCAGUGAGUUUGUUGGUUUGAUGUUUGUAAAGCAGGCAUUUUCCACAUCCAUAAAACAAGAUGUAUUCAAAGUCUCACAAAUAAUUACUUUACAGUACUGAGGGGGUGAGUAGUUUCUGUUUAAGAGUGCUUCACAUAAAUAAGGGGACCCUGUGUCCAGUACUGUGAUGUCAAAUGCUGCAGUAUCUUUAUUAUUA